CUACAGUGACAUUCAAGUUCUGAUAUUCUUUGUAAGAUCGCGCGAAAAAUUCCAGGCUGUGCGUUAUCGAAAGAGUGAUUCUACGGGAAAAGAAUUUCGAACGUGCGCGUUUCGAAGGCGCGGUCGUUUUUUUUUUUUUUUUUUGUAGCGUUGUUCUAAAAAUAAAAGGGACCCAUAUCUCAGUGGCCGACCAGACUGCUACGUGGAGGAAAGGAAAGCCGCCAAAUGGUCUGGCGUGGUGUCGUCGUCGAGAGUGCACGUAUUUACGCACGUGCGUGAAGGGCACGCACCGGCUGUCGCGCAUACCCGCAAAGCACGCAGACGCGCCAAUCAAUAUCGAGCUAUACCGGGUGUACACCCCGUCCGUCGCGAUCGUCAGUCUCAGCCAGUCACUAUCAGCAGCUACCCAACCACACCUUCCGAGGUCGACUCGCCGUCAUCAGUUUCAACCCCCUUCGUUAGGUACGAAGAGAGUCACAUCGCCUGGUCCGUAUCCGUAUCCAGAAUACGCAAGCUAGCCGGAUUGCCGUUACAUCUCGUAUCCUGUGUUGCGAAACGUCAGCACGGGCGAAAAGAUCCAAAAGCUAUAAAAGGAAGACCGAGAUCUAAAAAAAGAUGGAAAUGAAAGGGCGAGUUGCCCUGGUGACAGGAGCUGCAUCCGGCAUCGGCAAAGCGUACGCCGUUGAACUCUUGAAUCAGGGUGCCAAGGUUGCUGUAUGUGACAUUAAUACCGAAGAAGGCGAAAAACUGGUGGAGUCGUUAGCCGCGAAAUACGGCAAAGAUCGCGUGAUCUAUUCGCAAUGUGACGUCACGGAUUAUCCACAAUUCGAAGAAUCGUUUCAGACAACGAUCGCAGAAUUCGGUCAUAUUGAUAUCGUUAUCAACAAUGCUGGUAUCAUGAAUGACCGAUUUUGGGAGCUUGAAGUAGACAUUAAUCUUAACGGGGUAAUACGCGGCACUUUGCUUGCUCAACGAUUUAUGGGCACGGACAGAGGUGGUCAGGGUGGUGUCGUUAUCAAUACCGGCAGCAACGUCAGCAUCAAUCCUUACGUCAGCGUGCCAAUUUAUUCCGCGACAAAAGCGGCCAUCGUCAGCUUCACCAGAGCUUUUGGGGAUCAGUAUCACGUGGAUCUGACGGGUGUUAAGGUGAUGGCACUCUGUCCAGGUGCCACGGACACGAAAUUAGUGCGAGACGUUAAUAGGAAGCUCCUCGUGCCUCGAUACGAAGUUGCUUGGCAAAGAGAUUCCGCUUCAUCAGUUCCGCAAAGGGCGGAACACGUGGCGAAGGCGUUGAUACACGUUCUGAGCACCGGCAAGAGCGGAAGCGUGUGGCUGGUGGAGAAGGAUCAACCGCCGCACGAGAUCAGUUUCGCGAAAAAGCGAAGAUACUUUUUGCGGGUAAUAAGCUCUUCGAUCGUGUCUGCGAUGGAGAUUCAGGAGAAAACCGUGCUUAUCACCGGGGCGGCUAAUGGAAUCGGUUAUUGCACCGCUCGAGAAUUGCUGCGAAGUGGAGCGAAGGCUGUCGCAAUCGUAGAUCUGCCAGAUUCGAACGGUGAAAAUGUUGUGGAGGAGUUGGAGAAGGAAUUCGGCGCGAAUCGCGCGAUUUUUCUCGCCGGAAACGUGACGAAGACCGAAGAGCUUACAACUUGUUUCGAGAAGGCGGUGGAAUCACUUGGCACGCUGGACAUUGUCAUCAAUAACGCCGGUAUAAUGAAUGACGCGGAUUGGGAACCGAUGAUUGACGUUAAUUAUAAUGGAAUUGUUCGCGGCACGUUACUGGGUCUGAAUCACAUGGGAAAGCACAAAGGUGGGAACGGUGGUACCGUCGUCAAUAUGUCCUCUAUCGCGGGCUUGCAGAGCAAUCCGAUCGCGCCGAUCUACGCCGGGACGCAGUUCGGUGUUGUCGGAUUCACAACUUCGUUACAGAAGUUUUACGAGAAAACAGGCGUACGUGUGUUAGUGAUAUGUCCCGGUCUCACGAACACCGGUUUGGCCAACAAGUUCAUGUCGAGCAAAAUUUACGCGAUGGAUAUCGUCGACGACGAGAUCGCUGCCAGAGAGAUGACGACAAUGGAGAUCCAACCACCUGAGCAAGUGGCGACUGCUAUCGUGGAAUUGAUUGAGAAGGGUGAAAACGGCGCGGUCUUCGUCAGCGAAAACAAUCAGCCUCCGUACGCCGUGAAAUUACCACCUUACGCCGAUCUGAAAGUUUCGGUAUAAAAGUUAAAAUUCACGGCAAGUUGUCUUUGGUACGAAUCGCACAAACAAAAUAUUGUCUAUAUUAUAUUAUAUAAACUAUUAGUUUUUCUCUUUGAAAAACAAAUGAUAUUCUUUCUCUCAUAUAUCGCCGCUUGUACUUUGUAUUAAAACUGAAAUAGUUGUUAUUAUUAUUGAUACAAGCAAUAUUCAACAGAGUAUAAUAUAAUAUUUAAUAGAUGUGUUAGAAACGUAAUAGCAAAUAAUAGUUUAGCAAAGCAGCUAAUAUAUAUAUAUAUAA